AUGGAUGCCACGGCGAGUAGCAAGCUGAGCGAUGGCAUCGAGGCGCCUAUGUGGAUGUUCUGGAAGCGGCGUCGGUACGUGCUGGUGUUUUUGGCGUUCUUUGGCUUCUUUAACGUGUACUCGCUGAGGGUGAACCUGAGCGUGGCAAUUGUGGCGAUGACGGAGAACCGCACCAUCGAGCACCCGAAUGGCACGACGAGCUAUGAGCAAGAGUUUGACUGGGACUCAAGCACGAAAGGAUACAUUCUGAGUUCGUUCUUUUACGGGUACCUCUUCACGCAGCUCGUUGGUGGUUACAUCUCCAACUCCUUGGGAGGAAACUAUGUGUUUGGUGUUGGUGUCGGUACUACGGCUAUACUGACACUCUUCACUCCACUUGCCGCACGUGGUGGUUUCGGAUGGCUCAUCACAGUACGUGCAGCUGAGGGAUUCUUCGAAGGUGUCACCUUCCCAUGCAUGCACGUGAUCUGGUCAAAAUGGGCGCCACCAAGCGAACGAUCACGCAUGGCUACGAUCGCGUUUUCCGGCGUGUUCACCGGUACCGUAGCCUCGAUGUUGCUAAGUGGUGUCCUUGCUGACACACUCGGUUGGGAGUGGGUGUUUUACAUCCUUGGUGCCUUUGGGUGCGUCUGGUUCGUAGCUUGGAUGUUGAUCGUGAAGAAGUCUCCCGAGGCAGAUCCCUACAUCACGCUCAAAGAGAAGGAGUUCAUUCUCGCCACACUGCAACGAUCGUCCACCGUGACCGAGAAAAUUCGCCACCCCUGGCGCGGUAUCCUGACGUCCCGAGCCGUGUGGGCACUGAUCGUGUCGAGCUUCUCAGAGAACUGGGGCUUCUACACGCUACUUACUCAGUUGCCAACAUUCCUAAAAGACACGAUGCAUUUUGAGUUGCAGGCGGCCGGCUUCCUGUCCGCUCUGCCAUACCUCGUGAUGGGACUGCUGCUCAGCUUCGCCGGGUACCUUGCUGAUCUCUGCCAGAUCCGGCGCUGGCUCACGACGACCCAGGUGCGGCGUUACUUCAACUGUGGCGCCUUCCUGGUGCAGACCGUGUUCAUCAUCGUGGGUGCUCUCAUCCUGCGGCCGGGACCAACGAUCACCUGCAUCACGAUCGCGGUCGGGUGCGGCGCUUUCGCCUGGUGCGGGUUUGCCGUCAACCAUCUCGACCUCUCGCCUAAAAGUGCCGGCGUGCUGAUGGGCAUCUCGAACACCUUCACCACGAUCGCCGGCAUUCUCACGCCCAUCGUCUCCGGUCAGAUCACGGCCAGCGGGAGCGAGAACGAGUGGCGAACGGUGUUCUAUAUCGCGGCCGGGAUCUAUCUGGUCGGUUGCGUCAUCUACUGGUUCGGGGUAUCCGGUGAGCUGCAACCAUGGUCAAUCGAAGCGCAGGAGAAAGAACAAGCAUCCCGCAAGGAUGCCGAUGGGCUCGCGAACACUGGAUUGGUGAUGGACGAGAAGUCCUAG